UGCAACCACCAGUAAAACCCCAACGAAGAAGAAGAAGAAGUAACAACAACUCGGUAGCUAAGCUAGCCGGUUAUUGACAUCUGCUUUUUUUUUUAGGUCAACCGUAACAAUCAUGUCUUUUAAAAGGGAAGGCGACGACAAGAGUCAACUAAACAUACUUCAGAAACGUCGCGUCGCGGAUCUUCUGUCUCAUUUCAUACCGGAAGACGAAGCGGCGCUCAUGAACAACGGGAGGUACACGUGCGUGGUGUGCUCCUACCGGCCCGUGUUCGACACGGUCGACACGCUGACGGUCCACCGGAACGGGAAGAGGCAUCUGGAAGGAUUGAAAGCAUUCUAUGGCAAGAAAGCGCGACUGAAGAACGAAAAGACCAAAAGGCUCCACGAAGACUACGUCCGGGCUGAAGACUCACGGCAGGACCCCUCGUCUUCGGCCCCUCUUCUGGCCCAAACACGGAGGCUGACCCAUCACGCCUUAUUGAAGACCGUUCCGUACAACAGCUGCCAUACAAAAACCAGCACGAAAUCUGAAAAGGGCCCGCCGGGCGCCGCCUCAGAAAUCGGCCUCAACUCUUCCGGCGAAACGCGAUCGGAACCACAAGAAGCGCGUCGGCAAUCCGAAGUUUUAAACCGUUUACCACGAAGCAGCUCAGCAGCCGACGAAGGGUCAGAAGACAGUAAAGGAGCUAAUGGUGCGGUGAUGCAGGAGGCGGAGCCUAUAACCGCCGAGAGGAGGAGCGAGCUGGAGCGCUACCUCAAACUGAAAAGUGACGGCUGGCUGAAGGACCGGAGCGGCCAAUGGGUGAGAGACCAGAACGUGGAGUUUGAUUCGGACGAGGAGGAGCCCGCUUCGCUCGCCCCUCCCCUUCCUACAGGUCCCUGAGAAAGGACUAAGAGCUGUGUGGGGGGGGGGAUUCACUUGGACCACAGCGGUGCAUUCAGGGGCCGCGGGGCACUUUGAAACCUCCGUAAACCUUUUGUUGGACCCCGUGGUGUUUCCUGUGUGACCUUGGGACUCGCUCACGUCGUUGUAGUAGAAGCCUGCCGGUCACCAGCGAGCAGCCGCUGCAGCUCUUCGUGCUUUUAUUGUGGCGAGAAACUCAACAAUGUUUUGAAAAUUAUUACAUAUGAUUUACAUAAUCGGAAACCAACAGUAAGAAACAAGGAAAUAAAAGAACUUUGACUUUUUUGCAUUA